AUGGCAGACACAUUAGAGACUAAUCAAGACCAUGAUAUUGUUGUGGAGGUAAAAGAUGAGUAUUUAGUUUCCAACAAAUCUAACAACUCUUCAGGCGGUAUGGUACCUAUUCAAUUUCUGCAACAGUUAAUGGCUGAGCUAAUAGGUACCUACUUGCUGAUGUUCACUGGGUUUACUUCAAUUGUGGUGAAUUUGGGCAAGGACAAUAUUCUCACCUUCCCAGGAGUAGCAAUCCUGUGGGGAUUGGAUGUAAUGGUGAUGGUUUACACAGUUGGACAUAUCUCUGGAGCUCAUUUUAAUCCUGCUGUCACCAUUGCUUUUGCCACAUGCAAGAAGUUUGCAUGGAAACGGGUACCUGCUUAUAUUUGUGCUCAACUCUUCGCAUCAACUCUAGCAAGUGGAACCGUCCGGCUUGCUUUUGGCGAAGAACAUUAUCACUCUGUAGGCACCCUUCCGGCGGGGUCUAACGUCCAAUCUUUACUUUUGGAGUUUGUGAUAACAUUCUAUCUCAUGUUCGCUGUGUCCGGUGUUUCCACUGACGAACGAGCGACACCAGAACUCGCUGGAAUAGCUGUUGGAGCCACCGUCACAGUUAAUUCUUUGCUUGCCGGGCCAAUUUCAGGGGCAUCAAUGAAUCCAGCCAGGAGUUUGGGGCCAGCAAUCGUAUCAAAUUGCUAUACUGGAAUAUGGGUAUACAUCGUUGGUCCUAUAGCUGGAGCCUUAGCUGGUUGCUGGGUUUACAACAUUGUCAGGUUAAAAGACAAGCCGCCCAGUACUGAAACUGUUAGAGAAACUGAAGAAGCAGGAUUAGGAGAAGAAGAUCUUGGAGGUGUUUCGCGGGUAGAGAUCAAUAUUCCCCUAUUAGAUGCAAUCAAACAAGUGUCGAAGUAUGCAAAGUUUUUGAGGGACCUGUGCAUCAACCGAAGGAGGCUAAGGGGAGAUAAAAGGGUCAUCGUGGGAGAGAAUGUGUCAGCGGUUCUACAAAGGAAGUUCUCACCGAAGUGUGGGGAUCCAGGUAUGUUUACUAUCCCCUGUAAGAUAGGCAACACUUUGAUUAGGAAAGCCAUGCUGGACUUAGGGGCAUUGAUUAAUGUAAUGCCUAAAUCUAUCUAUACUUCUGUGAACCUAGAUCCAUUAAAAGAAAUUGGGAUAAUAAUUCAAUUAGCUGAUUGA